AUAGAUUCAUUCACAGUAAGAUUAACUAGUAUUCUUAUCAUUCUAUCAAUUAAGAUUAUUCAAAAAUUACAUUCUAUCAAUUCCUCUGAAAGUAAGCCCAAUCAACGUCUACUACUUUUUACUCAGUUUAUAAAAUGAAAUCGGUUCAUCUACACUGCAAAACGUAACUCGUUCACACAACAUCUUUUCCAACAUGGUCCCAACGAUGGCAACGAUAGCAGUCCUCUGCGGCGGAUUUUCCAGCGAACGAGAAGUAUCUCUAAAUAGUGGAUCAGCGAUCAAAAAAUCUCUCGAUAAUCUUCGUUAUAAAUCGGUAGAAAUCGAUAUGGACAAAAACGUGACCGAAAAGCUCAAGCAACUCGAUCCAGACCUCGUGUUCAUCGCUCUGCACGGACCUUACGGCGAAGACGGCUGCAUCCAAGGUAUUCUGGAGAUCUCUGGUAUAAAAUACACACACUCUGGAGUAAUGGCUUCGGCCAUAGCUAUGAAUAAAGUAAUGUCCAAACACAUAUUUCGAUCUUUGGGUAUCGAUACCCCGUCAGGAUACGUUAUCAGUAAAGAAGACGUUCUGAAGAACAACGUCAGUCUAGAUUAUCCCUACGUUUUGAAACCAACCAACGAAGGAUCCAGUGUCGGAGUACAUUUAAUACUCUCGCACGAGGAUUACCUACGCCUUAUCAGCGAUCAAGGCAGCUCUCUGAAAGAUGAAAUGAUCGCCGAAGAGUACAUAGCCGGAUUGGAGAUACAGACCGCUGUUCUGCUAGACGAAGCCAUAGGAACGAUAGAGGUAAGACCGAAAACCAAGUUUUACGAUUACCAAGCCAAGUACACUGAUGGAUUAGCUGAGCACGUGUUUCCAGCUCAAGUGCCCGAUCAUAUUUAUAGUAUGACUUUGCAGCAAGCUUCGAAAGUUCACCGAUUCCUCGGAUGCAAGAGUGUUUCUCGAUCUGAUUUUCGUUACGAUCCCAAAUCUGGUGUUUUGAAAAUGCUCGAGAUUAAUACUCAUCCCGGAUUUACCGAAUUAUCUUUGGUGCCUGAGAUCGCCAAGUUGUCCAAAGGUAUCGAGUUCGACGAGUUGGUCAGAAUUAUCGUCGAAGAUAGUUUGGGAUCGAAAAAAGAGGGCAGCUGAUGCAUCAUCGUGGUCUCGUUCCAUAUUUUGGAGGUUUUAUACUUCUGAGUCAAAUGUGAAUUUUCUCAAUUUUUUCUUUGGCAUUGGGUCUUCAAACUUUUACAGAUUUUGCACAUAUGCUUCAAAAAAUUAAAAAUGGACGAUCAGGGCUGAUAACCUUGACUUACGAAAUGCUCUUCGAAGGGAAAUACAAGGGGACAAAUCUCUAACAUAAGCCUGAAUACUGUAAAAUUCGAGAUAAAAUAAAAAUCUAGAGUUUCAUUCAAUUUCUAAGUCUUUUAAAAAGUUUUUCGACGCCAUCGGGGAUUUCAGUGUUGCCACUUUUCAAAAAACCAAAAA